AUGGCUCUCUCCUAUGAUCAGUAUUUCCAACUCGAACGUGCAAGAAAUGAAGGAAAUCAGCAAGGGAAUGACCAAGAAUACGAAGCAUCUGCAGCUGCGGCUAUGAUAGCAGUUAAUCUGUUAAGUUCUGCGCGGGUUAUACUCAAGCUCGACAAUGCGUUUACUGCGUACUCUGCUAAGUAUUUGGUCGACAAUGCUUGUCUCGUGAAGGAAGCUGGACAGGGAGAAACGGAUCGUGACUGGAAGGAGAAGAUUGGCCACAUUUGGGAUCUUUGUUGA